AUGGAUAAUCCGCCCACGCACGCGCUCGAGCACGAGGACGCGACGCAUUUCCACGGUCUACAUCCCCUAACCCCGGAUCUCUCGCCUCUUGCUAUGCACGCGGACGUCCUCGCGGCCGCUGCCAACGCAGCAGCAGCAGACGGCGAGGACGACGACGUUCGGAGUCAGCGCACGCAGCACGACGGGCGUUUAAAAGCGUGCAUUUUAGAAAAAGUGGCGUGGGAGAAACGAUUACGUCAUCUGCCCGAGACGGCAAUGGACGAUUUGGACGCGGUGAAAGACGAGGCAGAUGCAGGCGAUUUAUUUUUGUCGCUCCCCGAACCCUAUGGCCAGUUGUCGACGUUUCAGCGCGUUGUGAUUACGUCAACACCGGACGAAGAAGAAGAUCGCGAGACAGGAGACGUGUGUGAAUUGAUUCGCAAGUGCGUAGCGCUUCGAAAAAAGUGGAUCACGGUCAACGAACUCACGCCCUCGUCAUCAUCAAUGGACGCCCCGGACCAUGGCCUUUCUGCUGCGUCGAGUCCACGGACCCAUGCAAGCGGUGCCAGUAGUAAAUUCCGACAUCGGGAAGAAAUGCCGUACCGGCCAUUUGACGCGCCCGUGCCAGAGACUACGCAGCACGAUGUCAAGAUGGUAAAUGGUGUGGUCAUGGUGUAUGACGACGCGGACGCUGGCGAAGCAAUGAGGCAAGUGGGGACGAUGGAAGAAUACUAUGAUGACUUGUUUGAGAUCCAGUGCAUUGUGAACUACGGACCGAUGAAGACGCUGGCGUUCAAGCGGUUGCAAGUGCUGGAAGCGAGGUUCAACUUGCACAUGCUGCUGAACUCGGAGCGGGAACUCGUGGCACAGAAAGCAGUACCUCAUCGGGAUUUUUACAAUGUCAGGAAAGUUGACACGCACGUGCAUCACUCGGCCUGCAUGAACCAAAAGCAUUUGUUGCGGUUUAUUAAAUCGAGGCUGCGCAACUCGCCGGGGAGAUUGUGA